AUGGACGGUUUUCUCGACUGGGUCUCGGGCACAGGCCCGUCGCCGUUUGCUGGUAUCUUUGGCCAAGGGUUGGCCCAGCGAAGCAACACCCCCUCUGGUGCCUACGACCAAAUUCUGACCCAGGACACGUCGGCAGCUGAGCAGAAUAACAGGCUAUGGGCGGUUGAUCGCAUCCUAGAGGUACAGACUGUGCCUCAUUUUCUCGAGUUUGCCAUCACUGGAGAGCUGCUGUCAGGCGGGAGAACGUCGCUGCCUCUUUUGGGGGACAACUUUGAGUAUAUCCAGGUUCCCAUGUCGGAAUGGGCGCCAGCUCCAUACAGCCGCCAUGAAAUAUCCACCAUGGAAGCUAUAAUGCAAAGCAUCGGUUCGACUGAAGAUUCCAGCCGUCUUGUGCCCAUCACAAAGGAGCUGCUCGCCAUGAAGGCGAGGGUGUGGGAGGGCAUCAUGCCCCUCUCGGAAAGGAGAUGGACCGAGCUGGACCUUGAUUCACCUACCCGAUUUCACGAAGCUUGCCAAUUCAUAUCCGCCGUCACCAAUGUUUUCCACUAUCUCAAUAUACCGGGCAUCAAGGUCAAUCUACGAGAAACCUACAACCUGAUUUGGGGCCAUCUCGACACGUUCGACAAGGCUUUGCACGCGCUGGGAGCAGACAAGACAGAUGCCGAUUUUUCCAUGGCAGCUCUCUGGCAUGAAUAUAUUGAGGAUCAUUUUGAUUCCAUUUCUACGAGCUCGCAUCGCUGGGUCAUUGAGCAUAUUCAACGUCUGCGAGCCCCGAUACUACAACUCCUUUCCCAGAACCCCAAUAUAGGCCACCUUGAAGAGGAUGACACUUAUGGGGCGAGUCUGGCAGAUUUGAUCCACGAUCUGCACGAAGGUGCUGCCCAAGCAGACAGCGGCAUAUUUCUCCAAACGGAUGGCUUUCACGGUGCAGCAGAGGCCUCGCAGGACAACGUACCUGGCAAUGCAUCCUACCGCUACCGCGAGCAGCCCAUCAGUUUCUCCGCCAGCACAGAGAAGCGCAAGGCUGACUACUACUUUCGCGUGAGAUACCUGUCGCACAUGGAGCUAUUCAAGAUGGAAAACCUACUCGAAAACUCGGAAAACAGUGUCCGAGGCAAUGCCAAGGAUCAGAUACAGGCUGAGAUGCAAGCGCGCCAAGAGCUGCGUGGCAGCGACACCAGAAUGGAUGAGCCGCCGCGCUGGGUAGCACAAGCGCGUAGGCAUUUGAGUGAGGGAGGUUCUUUGCAAUGGGGCUUUAUUGGCUUCCGAACAAGUCACGACCACAGCGAUGCGGACUGGGAGCAGUUCAAGGCCAAUUUCGAGGCAGACAUCUCGGACUGGGGCAGCGAGCUGGGCGACGUUGACGAUCUCAGGGCUGUGAGCAAGGUGCAGUGGCGAGAUGCCGAGGGCGCAAUUGACGGCAUACCAGCCGCCGAAAAGGAAUUUGCAGCCCUGAACACAGACGAGGAGCUCAUGGAACAAUUCCACGACGACAUCUUUCUCAUCGCAGACAAGGUAGCGAUAGACUCGUACAUCGGCCCCAAUGCGAUGUCCGGCCACAUUCUCGCAGUAGAGGCAGGUUUCGAUGUCAACCAUCAGGAUCCAGAGCGUGUAGUCGAGUCUCCAGGCUACCAGGGAUGGCUGCGCUUGCCAGGCAGUCUGCUAUGGGAUGACCUUGGGGCUGUCAUGCUGAUGCAAACGCAGCACCUGAUGGAAUUGUGGCCUCUGGCCGAGGACGAUGCUGCAAAGGUCGGCGUCUCCGCACCGACGGGCAGAGCGCUGCCUGACAUUCAGUUCAACAUGGUCCCCUUUUGGCCAUGGGGUGCCGACAAUACCUCGCCCGCCUCGUUCGAGAAGACCCUGUCGGCACUCUCCUCCAAGAUCACCACCACCCAAACCACCCUCGACAAGACCCGUGCCAGCGCGCGUCGCGUUAAAGUUCUGCUUGUGCUCUACCUCGGCUUUGCAUAUCUCGUCUAUGCCAUAGUGCAGCUUGUCGUCGUCAAGUACUGGAACAUGGGUGCCCUCGAGUGGGCAGGCAUGGCCGGAGUCCCCCUCUUCAUCGUUCUCGUCCGAAAGCUCUCGGGCGCCUACUUUAGCUUUCGUACCGACUCCCUAAGCAGGCGCUUAAAGACCCAACAAGAAGAGCGCGCCAAGACGAUUCAGAAACUCAAAGACGCUACAAAGUACGACUCCACCAUGGAGCUCAUCGAAAAGUACGGGGGCGAGAAGAAGAAAGAAGUCGCACGCUCCGAAACCAAGGACGGCGAGCAAUCUCACCAGCCCACGCCGCAUGCCGGUGCUCCGAAUCGAACACGUCUCCCUCCCCCUCCGACCGCCAACAUACCAAAUCGAGGCCCUCCUGCCGGGGUUUCUGAUUCCGGUCCAUCUUCCGUGGAUUCCAGCGCCCUCGAGCCCGGAGCUGAAUUUGCGCCAAAUGCUUUCUCCCAUUCGGCGCCGCCGCAGCCACAGCCUCAAGUUGCUCACUACACCCCUGGCCCACCAGAGACGCACUGGUACGAUCGCAUCUUUGAUGUCCUCCUCGGCGAGGACGAGACGCUCCCCAAAAACCGCAUCGUACUCCUCUGCCACUCAUGUCGACUCGUGAAUGGUCAGGCGCCACCAGGCACGCGCAGCCUUUCCGAGCUGGGUGUAUGGCGCUGCGCGGCCUGCCAUGCGACCAAUGGCGCCGUCGACGAGGGUAAGCGCAUCGUGGACGAGGUGCUCGCGUCUGCUCAGCAGGGCUCCGAAGGAAGCCACGCGAAAGUAGAUGCUGCGAGCCAACAAGAUGACAAGCCAGUAGAUCUCGGUGAUAUCGGGGAGAAAGAAUCCGCGGCAACUGGCGUUGAGAAGCCCGACGGCGCAACGACCAAGAGACGAGCCAAGGGUAAAUGA